AUGGCAGGCCAAGACAUUAAAGAUUUGGCCAAGAUUGACCCGGAGUUUGAGGCAUUCUUGAAGACGCUGCCGGUAGUGCCUCAAUUGCGAGGCGAUAUACCAACGCUGCGCAAGCAACUCUCCGAAGCAAAACGCAAGCAGCAGGCAGCUGCGGGCCUUGUAGAAACACCACUGGACAUCAAAGAGGAGGAUAUCACAGUGACUGCUCGUGACGGUUAUUUAAUUCCAGUGCGAACAUACAAGCCAAAGGAUCCACCUGAAGGCGGAUCUCCACUUAUAGUUUUGUAUCACGGUGGAGGUUUUUGUCUAGGUGACUUGCAGAAUGAGGAGCUGAACUGCAGGAACUUCGUGAAAGACCUAGGUGCCGUAUGCGUAAAUGUUGACUACAGGCUGGCUCCCGAAUACAAGUUCCCUACAGCGCUCAACGACUCAUGGGAUGUCCUACAGUGGGCGGCACGGAAUGCGUCGAGUCUCGGAGCCGACACCUCUCAAGGCUUUAUUCUCUUCGGAACUCAGCCGGAGCGAGCAUAUCCAUUAUUCUUAGCCAUCUCGCUCGUGACUUUGCCUUAUCACCACCUCUCACAGGUGUCGCCGCAUCGAUCCCACUCGUGUUCGACAUUCGUAAUCCUCCAGCUGAGUUUAGGCCCCACCUGA